AGGUUUGUUCAACUCCGGCUGUCUACUACUAACGGAGUCGCUUUGAAAGAGAUCUUAGGAAGAAAGAAGCAAAAAUGGCGGUCCCGUUGCUUACCAAGAAGGUCGUGAAGAAGAGGUCUGCUAAGUUCAUCAGACCCCAGAGCGACCGUAGAAUCACCGUCAAGGAAAGCUGGAGGAGGCCAAAGGGUAUUGAUUCGAGGGUGAGGAGAAAGUUCAAAGGUGUGACUUUGAUGCCCAAUGUUGGUUACGGAUCUGACAAGAAGACUCGUCACUAUCUUCCCAAUGGGUUCAAGAAAUUCGUUGUUCACAACACAAGUGAGCUCGAGUUGUUGAUGAUGCACAACAGGACUUACUGCGCUGAGAUUGCUCACAACAUUUCCACCAAGAAGAGGAAGGCAAUUGUUGAGAGAGCUGCUCAGCUAGACAUUUGUGUUUCCAACAAGCUUGGUAGGCUCCGUAGCCAAGAAGACGAGUGAAGAAGAUUACGAAGAAACUGAAGCCUACUUUAGUCGUUUCUUCUGUUUUGUUGCAUUUCCAUUUUGUUAUAAGACUAUUUUUAAUUACUGUUGUUUGGAUUGAACAAACAUGAGUUUUGGUUUUACUAGUAUGAAGACAGAACAAGUUAAAAGACGUUUUGGUAAAA